AUGUCGUCCGAAAUGGUUAACAGUAACUUGCCCGACUGGGGCGCACAAUCAUCACCCAAUGUUGUCGAUGUCGAUCAGAUGAGAGACAGUACUCUGUCCAAUGGCUAUAAGGAAUUUGGAUCAGAUUCUUAUCCUGGCUUUGAGAUCCAAUCUACCAUCGAGUUGAAACCAGACGAGAACCAGCCGACUGAGUACAAGGUGACAGAAGAAGCGCUGAAAGAAAGUCCAAGCAACGAGAUAGUCACAGUUAAAUUACUUGGAAAUGAACCAUCGACUACAAGUAUGGAACUAAGCGCAACUGAGGAGCCAAGCUCAACUGAGGAACUAAGCUUGAGCAUGGAGCCAACUAUGGAACCAAGUUCAGAUAUAGAGCCGACUCCAGCUAUGGAGCCAACUUCAGCAAUGGAGCCAACUCCAGCUACGGAGCCAAGCUCAACAGGAAGUAUGUAUGAGGACGGCUUUUGGUCAAGUUCCUCCUUCUCAGUCGAAACUGGCAUGCCAGAGACAAGCGCGUUUGAACUGUCGGCCACUUCAACUGUUAGCGAAUUAACUGAAUACGAAGCAAGUACUGACCUCUGGGAAUACACGAGUAUGGUAACUUCAUCCACAACUGCACUUGAAUCAGAAAAACCAUCAUCUACCAGCUAUGACAACGAAGAGACAGCACUUCCAGCUGCAUUCAGAGAUAUUUCGCUCCCACCUAUGAUGGAAGUGCAAGCUAGUUCUACAGCAUUUGUUGCCGUAGCAAACUCAAGUCCAAGUACAACCUCUUCGGCUAUCGUGUUAACAGAAGCUACAAAAGCAUCCUCGCGUGCAUCAUCUGCAGCCUCAGCUUCGCCUUCAUCAUCAUCUGUAGCCGCUCCUCAGCGUGCUGCAGGUAACGUUGCAGCACCACCACCAGCGGCCCAGCCCUCGUCUUCAUCAACCGCUUCAUCACCUCCACGUGGCGGAGCAGCGCCUACACCAGCACCUGCACCAGCACCUGCACCUUCACCUUCAUCGCAGCCGUCAAAGCCAAAGGCUCCUGCCCCAGGCGGCGGCGCUACAGGCGCAGGUGGUGGUACUGCAGGUAAAGGCAAUGGUGGUGGUGGUCCUGGCGUAGACUAUGCAGGUCCAAACAAAAGUCCAGCUGGGAAAAGUCGUAGCGGUGACGAAGACCUCGCUUCCAUUGGACAAAUUGGAGUUUUCGAGUCAAGCGCAGACUCACAAUAUCGCACUCUGGGUAGCAUAUGGAUGUGGAUCGCAGUCUUCUGGUUUGUGUGGGCGACCUUGAAGCAAAGACAUUAG